AUGAAAAAACUUUUAUUUAUUUUCUGCUCCUUCUGUAUCAAUUCAUCUCUACAAUGUGUUGCGACACAAUCUUCUAGUGAGUUUUUGUGAAAAAUUUUUAAAUCAAGAAAAUAUAUAAUAUUUGUAUUCGAAAUGGAAUGCUCUUAUAUACUAUGCUAUCAAUAAAAUGAUGAUAUUUGAUAGAAAAAUGGUGAUUUGCACUGUUUGAAGUGUGAAAUGAUGACAAUGCUUUUUUCUAAAUAUUUGAAAACUUUGAUUGAAUAAAGAAAAAAACUUUAAGUUUUGGUAGGUAAACAUUAUGAAAUGUUCUUGUGUUUUUAUAGUAGACUCAAUUAAUUUCACUUGACUUUUGGACUGGAAUUAUUUUUUCUCUGUACAUAAUUGCAUUUCACACAUUUGAAAAUAAAAAUACUUAAUUUUGUUAAGUGGAAAAUUUAGACAAACGAGUUUUCUGGAAAUAAACUGUACAUAAAUAAAACAAAUGUUUUUUGGAAAUUGAAAAAUAGGAAUUUGCAGCAACACUUUCAACAACAACAGCAACAAGUUUGUGAUUUUUUUAAAAUUAUUUUUUGAAACUUUUUUAACAAGGGGGUGUUGGUCAUAUUUUACUUGUUUCUUAUCACUUACAAGAAAAUUGGUUUUAGAAAACUUACUAAACCCUAUAUUUACAAAUAUAACUUCCUAUUCUUGAAAUUUCCUGAAACGUUUUCCAGCUACAACUGCAAACCCUUGUACCACAUGUACAGCUUCAUUGAUUACUCUAACAACUGGAAAUGAUGGUGAUACGGUAUGACGAAAAACAUUUUGAUUUAAUAUUAAAAAAGAUAAAAAUCAUUCCAGCCAUCUUCAUAUUCAACUUCAACAAAUGCGGAUGGUUGUGAAACAAUAACUUACACUUGCCAAGGAACUCCUGUCAACACUGAUGACCCAGUUUUGUUCACCGUAGGUUUAUUUUAGAAUUUCUCAAAUAAUUAAAUUAAAAUUUGCAGUUCUACAGUAACUCAGCAGAUCCUCGUGAUGUUGGAACAGCCUCUGGAACAGGAACUAUUUCUCAAACGUUUACUUGCGUUGAUGGACAUUGGGAAUUAGAUGGAGUUGAGAUUAAUGAAGUGGAAUGUCAAGUUAUCACAUAA